GCGUGCAUCAUCAUUCUUCUCCACACACGCAACACCCACAACAACAACCAACAACCCACGACCACCUUCCUUCUUGCCUUGCUUGCUUGUGUUGCCUCGCUUGUUGUUGUCGUGUUGCCAUGUUUGGUGUUCAGCGAGUUGCGAGCGUGCGUGCCGCCGCUGCCGUUGCUGUGCGCGGGGCACGCCUGGCACAGGCUGCUGCUGCUGUUUCCGUGCGGCAUGCCAGCACCGGCGCGGUGCAGGUGUGCGAGACGGCUGAGGAGGCCAUUGCUGGCGUGCAGGACGGCUCCAAGCUCCUGGUCGGCGGCUUUGGUCUUUGCGGUAUCCCCGAGAACCUCAUUGCUGCCCUGCAGAAGAGCGGCGCAAAGAACCUUACCUGCGUCAGCAACAACGCUGGUGUGGACGACUUUGGCCUCGGCCUUCUCCUGAAGAACAAGCAGGUCAAGCGCAUGAUCUCGUCGUAUGUCGGCGAGAACAAGGAGUUUGAGCGGCAGUACAUUGGCGGCGAGCUCGAGGUCGAGCUUACACCGCAGGGCACGCUUGCCGAGCGCAUUCGCGCGGGCGGCGCGGGCAUCCCGGCGUUCUUCACCCCCACCGGAUAUGGGACAAUCAUCCACGAGGGUGGUGCGCCCAUCAAGUACAAGGCCGACGGCAGCGGCGAUAUUGAGAUCCCCAGCAAACCCCGCGAGAGCCGCGAGUUUAACGGCGUCCCGUACAUCAUGGAGGAGGCGAUUACCGGCGACUUUGCUCUCGUUCGCGCGUGGAAGGCGGACACGGCGGGCAACCUGGUGUUCCGCAAGACGGCGCGCAACUUCAACGCGGCCAUGGCCCGGGCAGCAAAGGUGACGGUCGCUGAGGUGGAGGAGAUUGUUCCUGUUGGCGAGCUCGACCCAGAUUGCAUCCACGUGCCCAGCGUGUAUGUGAAACGCGUGUUUAAGGCAGACCACAUGGAGAAGCGCAUCGAGCGGCUGACGCUUGCCAAGGAUGGCGACCACGCCCCGCCUGCGCCCGGCGCGCCCGCCGCCAAGCGCGAGCUCAUCAUCCGUCGUGCUGCCAAGGAGUUCAAGGACGGCAUGUUUGUGAACCUUGGUAUUGGUAUGCCGAUGCUUGCAUCCAACUUCAUCCCAGAGGGUAUGAACGUCUCCCUCCAGUCUGAGAACGGCGUCCUCGGCCUCGGCCCAUUCCCCAAGAAGGGCGAGGAAGACCCAGACCUGAUCAACGCAGGCAAGGAGACGGUCAAGGUUCUGCCCGGGUCGUCGUUCUUUGGGUCUGACGACUCGUUUGCGAUGAUCCGCGGUGGGCACAUCCACCUCACCAUCCUCGGCGCAAUGCAGGUCUCCCAGUACGGCGACCUCGCAAACUUCAUGAUCCCGGGCAAGAUGGUCAAGGGCAUGGGCGGUGCCAUGGAUCUCGUGUCUGCCCCCGGCUCUCGUGUCGUCAUCACCAUGGAGCACUGCGCCAAGAGCGGCGCGCACAAGAUCCUCGAGAACUGCACGCUGCCGCUGACGGGCCCGAAGUGCGUCGACCGCAUCAUCACAGAGAUGGGUGUGUUUGACGUGUCCGCCGAGACCGGCCUCACCCUCAUCGAGAUUGCAGAUGGCGUCUCCGUCGACGACGUCAAGGCUGCCACGGGCGCCCCGUUUGCUGUCAGCGACAACCUCAAGGCGAUGGACGCAUAAGCGCUCCCCUCCCGUAUUGAUUUUUCCAACCACGGCACCACCAGACACCCACCCACCACCGUUGGUGUUGCUGCAUCCAGCGUUGCAGCACAUGCGCGUGCGUGUGCGUGGUGGCCGUGCGUGUUGCUUGUUGGUGUUUGUUUGUUGUCGUUCCCUCUUCGUAGUCGUGCAUUUGUUUGCUGAUGUUUUGUUUUCUGCUGACAGUUCAAUACAGGACAGCGCAGGCUGUUCACGUAUGGAUGUUCAUGGCAAGCAGUGUGAUGUGCCGAUAUGUGACAUGUGAUACGAUGUGGUGUGAUGUGACCACCAGCCCAAUACAGCAACCAUCAAGCACAGA